AUGGACCUAGAAGACAGGUCCCAGCUCCAAAACCUGCGGGUAAGAGAGGUCCCUGAGGACAUACAUCCUGCAGAACUCAUAGCAUAUCUCGUGGGUCUAUUCCAGGCCUUAGCCCCCGACAUACCCACUAACAUGUUCCUAAUGGACAGGGCACACAAGGUGGCGAAGCCUCAACACUUACCCGGUUCCAGCACAAGGGACGUGCUAACUGAAUUACAUUACUACCACGUUAAAGAGGCUCUCCUCCGUUCCAAACGGCCGCAACUCGACUUAACGGAGCAGUAUAGGUCCAUCCAGGUAUUUGCAGAUCUCUCAGCAGAAACACUUCGGCACAGAAGGGCAUUCAGGGACAUAACCUCGGAGCUGCGCUACAGGAGAAUUCCGUACCGAUGGGUUGCUGAUUUUAAGGGAAGGCAAGACACGUGGCCGUGGACGUGGAGGCAGGCACCCGCCUGCUGUGCAGCUGGGGCAUCAACGCAGUGA